ACAAGUUUCUUGGUGAAAUGUCGUAAAUCUUAUUUCAAAAAAAUUGCCAGUAGUUAAUACGAGUAACUGUCGAUUUUAAACCAUUAUGUGUCUCUGAUUCCUAUGGACGUGAAAGUUUAAUUCCAAUAUCAGAUAUCUCGAUUCCCCAAGCCUCUAACAGAGAAAUCGGCCAUGAUGAUCAAGUUUAGACGACGAAAACAAAAAUGCUCUUAUUUUGACGUGAAGAUAGAAAGUUAAAAUGAGGACUCUUGGUGGGUAACUGGGAAAGAAAAUAAGUAUGCCAUGAAGUAUUACUUUUUGUUUUAAAGCACAAAAUUAAAAAAAGGAAUAAGAAUUAAUGACAGAGCAGCAACGUGUUAUCGUCAAACAAGACGACUCACCGCAACAACGCAAGGAUAAAUUCCUAGAUAGAAAAACUAAUGCCCAUGGUUCGAGUAAAACAAAACUAUUUAAGGAAAAAGAAAAGAUUAUAAAAGAGGAAGAAUCCCAGUCACGUCAAGUCACAUUACCACCAAGUUUUGGCCUUCUCGGACAUUGGGAAUGAAUGGCCGACUAUCGCGAAAACUUUGAAAAUACUCGACCCAUUAUUUCAAGCGAAAAUGAAGUCUUCUAAACUGAACGUGUUAAUCUUUGUGACUUAUUUGGUGAUCGUGUCUAUCGUAUCGGCCCAGGAGGUUGACGAUAAAGAUCUGGAGCUGUCGGAGACUAAAUUCAAGAAAUACUACAUCCAACGUCACGAUAGCGGACACGGUGGCUGUGAUGAUGGACACGAAGAGGUUGUAAAGGUUAAAGGGAAAGGCUCCAGUUAUAAUGUCGGCGGUAACGACGAAGGGAAUAAAGGUGGAAAGGGCAAAGCCAGUGGAGGUGGAUACAGUAGUGGUGGGGAAAAAAGCAGCGGAUCUGGAAGUGGGGAACAGAGUACCAACGCAAAAGGUCAUACUGUGUCCCAUGGAAAGGCCAAAGGAAAAGGUCAUGGGGGCGGAUACAGUAGUGGGUCCAAUAAAGGCGAAAAAGGAGGAUACGAAGUCGUCAUUAGAAAGGUCAAAGUGAAAAAAGUGAAAAUCAAAGGAGGUCAUCAUGGGCACAAGAGUGGCAGUGGAAGUGAUGGUGGUGGUAGCGAUGAAGACUCAAACAAUGGAAGAAAUGGAUAUGCGCGUGUAAGGGUCAAAGGCAAGGGCAAAAAAGGAGGUCAUGGAUACAGUAUUGGCUACGACAACGGCGCUGGAAAAGGCAGUGGAUCCGUUAAAGGCGUAACAAAGGGGAAAGGCACAACAAGUGGGUACAGCAGCAAAAGUGGGAGCAGUGGAUCUGGAAGUGGAGAGAAGGGAUCGGGCGGAGGCGAAAAGAAUGGCAAUAAAGGCAAAGUUAAAAGAUCCGUAUCAGUACCUAGCUCUGUAGGACAAGCCUACAGAGUUGAUGGGAAUGUGGUAAACAUAUCCAUUUCCACCAUAUUCACAUCCCAUCGCAAACCAAACGUGGGACCCCGACCUGUUGUUGAUGGUAAUAAAAACAGCAACAAAAAUAUUAGAAGAGAAGCUCCCAGUGGAAAAAGUUCUGUGAGGGGAGGAAAUCAAAGCACAAACGGAAAAGUUGUUAUCCGAUCUGUACCCGUUGUUACUAGUGUAACAAAGAAAAGCAACACCACAUCAAGUGGCGCUGGUCCCGAAAAAGAACGUAGUAGCAACGGAAGAAGGCACAUUGGGACUGUUAUUGGCAAUAAAGGCAACAGUACCACAAGCAACGGAAGCCUAAUUCUACGAAGUGGUGUAUCCACGGGUAAUGAAAAGGGCCAUAAUGACAAUGGAAGAAGAAGUAUCGGAACUUCUAUAGGCGGAAGAAGCAAUAGCAGCCCAAGUAACGGUGGAAGCGGCGAACGAGGCAACGGAAGAAGAAGUGUAGGAUCAGUUAUCGGAGAUAAGGGCAACAACAGCUCCAGUAAUGGGAACAAAGCUCAAAAUAGCAGUGGAGCAUCGAAUAGCGAAAGGAACAAUGGAGGAAACGCGAAAAGAAAUAUUGGAUCUGUUAUUGGCGAAAGAAACAACAAGGAUAAUGGAGGAAAAACUACAAGUGUAACUGGGUCCAUCAACACAGGGAAGGAGAAUAUUGAAAAUGCGAAAAGGAACGUUGUUCCCGGUAAAGGCGUAAGUAGGGGGCCUAUUAGUGGACCUAUUAGUGGACCUAUCAAUGGGCCUAGUGGACCUAGUGGACGAGUAACGGUUCAAGCACCAGGGAGAGCAGGCGGAAGAGUGCAACCUUCUCCAACCUUUACCCGUUCUCAGCCAUUGACAAUUCCUCCUGCGAAACCUCAUCCGAACGUGCCAACGCACCUGCAAGAAAUUCCUUAUAUUGACAUUCUUUUCCGAUAAAAAUUUGUUUAAUUUCGUUUCUUUACUCAAAUAAUAUAUUCUGAUUGGAUGACUGAA